GUAAUACCGUUACAUAACGUUUUUUUGCUGAGGGUGUCUAUUGUUGUUCUCGCACACACCACAGAACAAUGGCCUUCUCCAAUCCGUACGCGCCGGUGUUUGAGUGUGACGUGGACCGUGACAACGUACUGGACAGCGCCGUCAGCCAGCUGUUGGAUGUACCGUGUAGUGAGCUACUGCGCAACUUCCCCAGCAUUGCCUUUCUCAAUGAACCAGGCAUAUGCACGGGACCGAAGCGCGAGUUUCUCAGCGCUCUGUCUCGCGAGAUAGCAGCGGACCGGCACGCAUUGUUCAUACAAUGUGACGACCACCAUUACAUGCCCCGUCCGGUUGCCAUAUUUCAGCAGGUUGCCCCCGUCAAGUCCAGCCGCAACAAACUGAAAAAAGCAAAUUUGAACAUUGAUCUCAGCACUCGCCGUGACAAGUUCAUGAUGAUUGGCCGUCUUCUAGCCUCUGCAUUUGCACAUGGCUAUCAAGUGGACUUCUCCAUGGCUAAACCUCUUAUCAAGCAAUUGCUUGGUCGUUCAUUGAAUCACCCACAUGAAUUACGUCAUGUCGACAGCAAUCUACAUCGCACUACUGUACAGUAUCUAAUGGAUCACCCCGUCGCUGGAGUGCUUGAUGACCUCGUCUUCUGCUGUGAGCUAGAGCUUCCGCUCGGUUCCCAUGGAGACCUGGUGGAGUUCCCGCUGGCACGCAAUGGUGACUCCAACCUGGUUACCGAUAGCAACAAGAGUAGCUACGUGUAUCGGCUCAGCAAGUUCAAGCUGGAGGAUAGCAUAGCCUAUGAAGUCAAGUGUCUGGUUCACGGUUUCUGUGAGGUGGUUCCUCGUGCCCUGCUGUCACCGUUUCGACCGGCCGAGUUUCAGCUAUUACUCUGCGGAGUGAGUACAAUUGACGUGGAAGAUUGGAAAAAACACACACGCUAUGCCGGCUUCAAUGCCAGUGACGCCUGUAUUUGUUGGUUCUGGGAGGUUGUCGCCUCGCUGAGCCAGGAAGAACGGUCAUUGCUCUUGCAGUUUGCAACAUCUCUCACGAGAUUACCAGCUCAAGGCUUUGCGGGACUCAAGGGUCUGGGGAAUACUCACGGCUUCACAGUGUCCGAGGCGCGUCGGCCCAAGAGUAUGAUUCCCAUGGCAUCGACGUGUUUCAAUCGUCUAGAUCUGCCACGCUACACGUCCAAGUCGGAGCUCCGUGACAAAGUGCUCAUCGCAGUCCGGCACGGCAGCCAGGGCUUCUCCUUUGCGUGAACACCUCUCUGUCUCUCUCUCUGUCUCUCUCUCUCACACACACACACGCACACACACACACACAUACAGACGUCUCGUCACCCUCUGCCAAACUUCAUCCUGUGGUAGUAAUUCUCACCUACCACCCGGCAGUGCUGUGCUGUGAUUGAUCUUGACGAGUUCUUUUUAAAGCCAUAAUUCUAGUAUUGUAUCUCCUCUUUACCAGAGGAUACACCUAGUGUGCUGACAGUGUUCAACACCAUGGCGGAGGCAGAGCGUGAUACACAGAACAACAAGGACAAUCAGGGCUUGUUAGUCGCUACUCAGAGUGUCAUGCUCUCGCAAUCAUCAGGCCACAGUGUGGCCUGAUGGCCUGAUGAUUGCGAGAGCAUGAAACUUGAAGUAGCAGCAAACAAGCCUUGAUUGUCCUCGUUGUUCUGGAUCUCCUCGUUUACGUAAUCAAUCCGCGUGCAUGUAGCAUGCUCCACUGUCCAAAGAGUGCUCAAUACCCGUAUAUCUCCUCUUUUAUUCAUUUGUUUUUCAUCCAAUGUUGUUUUGAAAAUUUUGCUUUGAACUUGUUAUCUUGAUACAAUAUUUUUUAGCGUACACUUUUUAAAAAAGUCUUUGGAUGUUCUUCUUUUUUCGUCUGCAUCAUGCUUCUUACUACGGGUGUACUGUAGUAGUAAGAAUUUUUAUCAUUGUUUUGAUACUCCUCGAUAUAACGUGCUGCAUUG